AUGGACCUGCCAGCUUCACAGCAAGCUCCUGCUCCAGCGGGCCCCUUAGGUGGUGCAUCCUCCUCUUCCUCGUGGAGUGGCUCGUGGAUAGAUAAGUGGUUUUUUCCAGAGGAGGGGUCAUCUUCGGACCCAAACCAGGAGGAGCCCCUUGCUACGAAUCAACCAACCGAGGUCAUGGGGCCGGAAGCUCCUAGUCCUUCAUGGUUAAAAGAAAAGAUUCUCCGAAUCUUCUAUAUUAGAAAAGGGCGGAGAACCUCCUCCACAGUUCUAAAGAAACUUUGUCCGGAGGAUCUGAAGCUCGAAAGAGCUUCCCCAGGGAAGCGACUCAGAAUCCUUAACAUUCUAGAAGAUAUGGUCGAACAUAAAGAUUAA